AUGGGAUGCGGCGUUUCCAAAACCACCGUGGUUCAGCCGAUAAACCCCAACGAGCUGCAGAGAGAAGAGGAUGAAACAGCGAGCAAACACGGUGGCCGUGGCGACUCGGCCGUGUCAAAGGUCACGACAGACAGCGGGGUGGUGAUGGAGAGCAGAGAUGUGUUGGGGAGUCCAGGAAUCGAGCGUCUCAAGUCCAGUGAGAUCCUGGAGCAGCUGCUGAGUCAAGGCAUCCUCCUUGUGGGGGAGAGAAACAGCAAGGCUGGGGAGGCCUACAACAUCAUGCUGGAUGAUAAGGAGUUGCCCAGGCGAAGGCCUCCAGCUAGACUGGAGUCCCUGAAGGUCAGGAAGGAGCAGAGUCCCACCAGCAGAGAAGCCAUUGACCACAAAAUGAGACUGGCUGAGGAGAGACGCAUGGUAGGAUGUGUUUGUCCUUGUCCCAGGAAAUGA